AUGGCAAAGUGUAGAAAGAAGAAAAUUGUUGAUAACACUUCUAAUUAUGGGGAAGUAGUAAAUUUUUGUCAAAAUGGAGGAGAAAAUUUUGAAGUCUCUGAUAUAGAACGAAAUUCUAUUUCAAGUGGAUCCCCGCCUUCUGUGGAAAACUAUAAACUUGAGAACUGUUCUUUAUUCUCAAAAACAAAACUAAAUAAACUGCAAAGAUGCUCUAAGAAUAAAAAAUUUAUAAAAGAAGAUAUCAAGAUAGUAAAUAGAGACUUGGAUUUUUUAAGUUCUUAUGAUAUUAGAAAGUCAACAAUAUCACCCUUCCCGUAUCACACACCUAAUAAAAUAUGCAUGCUUGAAAGUUUAUCAGAUAAACGAUUGUUUAAAAUAGAUGUAUACUCUGAGGGACUAAAAAUUGGUAGAUCUUCAGAAAGUGAUUUACCAAGUAAUAUAAAUCAUUGUAAAUUGCUAAUAUUAUCCAGAAAUCAUGCCUGUAUAUAUUGCAAGUAUGAUAAUUUUGGAUCUAUAAAAAAUAUUUACUUAGUAGAUUGUGGAUCAGUAAAUGGAACAUUUGUCAACAAUAAAAAAAUUAAACAUGUUAUCCUUAAAAAUGGAGAUAUUAUCAGCUUUGGAUCAAAGCACAAAUUUAAUGAGAAAUGUACAAAUAUAUCAGCAAUAUUAUCUGAGUAUAAUCCUUGGACAUACAGAAUUAUUAUAUAA